GAUCAUAUCUCGUAUCCGGUAUUUUAAUCAGGCACAGCUUGAAAUUUUUCGUGUUUUGCACCAACACAUCUGAGAGAAUUUUAGAAAAAUCUUUCAUUCCGGAUUUCAGAAAUGCAAGAGAUAUCAUCUACUCAUUUACAAAAAAUUAAACAUCAAUAAUUUACCCACUUCGAAAUGCACACAGUCUCGAAACCAACCAUUUCAAACCCAUCCAUCGAAUCGUUUACGAUCUCAUCCUAUCGUAAUAUUUGCACAUAAUCUACGGCAAUAAAACACACCGACGUUUCCCAAAAUCGAGAGAAAACUUCGCCAUGAUACUGCUAAUUCUCCUGGCGGCCUCGCACCUGCAUAAAAUCGUUACAGCCAGCCCAGACGCGCAAUUCGACGAAACGCUCGUCUCUUCGAAAUACUUCGUCGAUAAAUCCGAACUAAUUAAGGUUUUCUUCGAGCACAACACUCACAGAGGAGUAUUCGUCACACGUCCGAGCGGUUUCGGUAAAACAACCAAUCUUCGCAUGAUACAAAAGUUUUGUCAAGUUGAAGUUGACACCUCUAGCAAGAACCUAAUCCCGCAGCAGCAAACUAACGCUUAUAAACUUUUCAAAGACUUAAAAAUCGCCCAACACAAAGCAAUCGUGGAUGAACAUUUAGCCAAACACCCCGUUUUGUAUUUAGAUUUAACUCGAUUCGCUAUCGAAGGAGAAAUAACGAAGCAAAAAAUAGUAGACGCUUUGGACGUUGUGGUGAAAAAAGCUCUGGACGAGUUCUCGUGGUUGGCAGGCUUGUACGAUGGGUUAAAUCAGACUCCUUCGCCUUAUUGGAAUCAGACCAUGUUUUAUAAGAGUAUCACAGAUUUUAGUACAUUUUUAUCAGACUAUUUUAACGGUACAGAUGUGAUCAUUUUAAUCGACGGGCACGACGCACCUUUGCAAAAUGCAUUCUUGACCCAUUUGGAUAUGAUUCACAGAUUACAUAGAACUUUGCAAUGGAUGCUGAGGAAUUUGAUUCGAGCCGAAUCGAUCAAAUGGAAUAUAUUGAUCAGUGGCGAGAAUAGUUUACUAUUCAGGUACUACGACGUGAUGUCAUUUAUACAUCAAGACAGAUUUUUAUCCGAUUACCCUUACACUUCGUAUUUCGGAUUUCUCAAAGAAGAAGCGAUUCAAUUAAUGGAUAAAUACGGUCUCAGUCAAGACCAAAAAACCGAAGUAGAGACACAUUACGGCGGAUACGAAUCUCUACGUAAACAUAAAUCACUCUAUAACCCAUCGUCAAUUAUCGAAUAUUUAUCGAAAACAGAAUCAUCGAAGGAACCACUACCCAAGUACAAAAUAUCCGACAAUAGGACUAGAAUUUUCUGGAGAUUCCUCAGGCACUUGAGGUUCCUACGAGGAGCAUCUAAGCUAAUAAAGAACUGCCCAAUCAGGCACAAAUACUUGGAGGAUUUCAACGUAUUCGACGCCGAUCGUUUUGUCGAUUCUAUCAUAUUGAAUCCUAACUCCACCGAAGUCCAUUAUCGUAUUCAUUUAACUUACUCUCUGCAGCUAGGAUACAUAAGUCCGAUACGAUCGAAUACCUACAUCAUACCCAAUCUCGAAGCGAGAAACGUUUUCUUGACCGAUUUACGCUACCAUUACGAAGACUGGCUCAAAAUGGAUAUCAAAGAAUUAGGCAAUAGUCUCCUAGAGUAUACUCAAGCUCCCACUGAUGAGCCAACAAUCGACACAACAGAAUCCCUUCAAACAGUACUGACUGCCUCGUUCGAAAAAUUGGAGCGAGCUCCUAACGAUACCACAAACGAAUUCAUUUUUCAAUCGAUUAUCCAAAUAGCUGCCUUGGUUAAUCCUCAGUUGACUGUCGACGAAGAGUAUCCAUCUGCGACGCUUCAAAAUAAUACUAAGUAUCUCGUUCAGAGGCAAUGUGUAACGGUUGUCAAAAGUGGCGAUACUGCCACUGUGGUUAAGAUAACUCAUGGGAAUUCGACUGAAAUAGCUUUGGAAAAAGCUCUCAAUUAUACGUAUAGUGGCGAUGGUAUAAAACGAGUUAAAUAUCUUGGUAUCGAUGUAGGAGAUAAUCACGAGGCGACUUUGAAGCAACGUGUGACUGUGCUGACGUGAUGAAGAUUUGGUUUUGAGAGAACCAAUUUAUUAUUGGGAAGACACUAUAUUUUUGAUACGUGUUUUUUUUUCAUCGUUGAAUUUAGGUAUUGUAAAAAUAAAGGAAAUCGUGUAUUCAUUUGUAAAUAUACUCUAUGUAAAUAGGUAAUGAAUAAUGUAAUAAAUAUUAUGUAUAACUGGUAGGUA